AUGGGGGAUCAGGGUGCAGCAGGAAUGGGGGAUCAGGGUGCAGCAGGAAUGGGGGAUCAGGGUGCAGCAGGAAUGGGGGAUCAGGGUGCAGCAGGAAUGGGGGAUCAGGGUGCAGCAGGAAUGGGGGAUCAGGGUGCAGCAGGAAUGGGGGAUCAGGGUGCAGCAGGAAUGGGGGAUCAGGGUGCAGCAGGAAUGGGGGAUCAGGGUGCAGCAGGAAUGGGGGAUCAGGGUGCAGCAGGAAUGGGGGAUCAGGGUGCAGCAGGAAUGGGGGAUCAGGGUGCAGCAGGAAUGGGGGAUCAGGGUGCAGCAGGAAUGGGGGAUCAGGGUGCAGCAGGAAUGGGGGAUCAGGGUGCAGCAGGAAUGGGGGAUCAGGGUGCAGCAGGAAUGGGGGAUCAGGGUGCAGCAGGAAUGGGGGAUCAGGGUGCAGCAGGAAUGGGGGAUCAGGGUGCAGCAGGAAUGGGGGAUCAGGGUGCAGCAGGAAUGGGGGAUCAGGGUGCAGCAGGAAUGGGGGAUCAGGGUGCAGCAGGAAUGGGGGAUCAGGGUGCAGCAGGAAUGGGGGAUCAGGGUGCAGCAGGAAUGGGGGAUCAGGGUGCAGCAGGAAUGGGGGAUCAGGGUGCAGCAGGAAUGGGGGAUCAGGGUGCAGCAGGAAUGGGGGAUCAGGGUGCAGCAGGAAUGGGGGAUCAGGGUGCAGCAGGAAUGGGGGAUCAGGGUGCAGCAGGAAUGGGGGAUCAGGGUGCAGCAGGAAUGGGGGAUCAGGGUGCAGCAGGAAUGGGGGAUCAGGGUGCAGCAGGAAUGGGGGAUCAGGGUGCAGCAGGAAUGGGGGAUCAGGGUGCAGCAGGAAUGGGGGAUCAGGGUGCAGCAGGAAUGGGGGAUCAGGGUGCAGCAGGAAUGGGGGAUCAGGGUGCAGCAGGAAUGGGGGAUCAGGGUGCAGCAGGAAUGGGGGGAUCAGGCCAUAAUGAGCGAAACACCAUUGCCAAAAGCGAGCUGGUAUGGACCAAGUCACAUGGUGACAUGCAGAAGGUUUUAGGUCCCCUCCCCAAGGGAUACAAGUUGGAGGAGGACGGGGAGAGGGAGGUGGACGAGGACGACCCGGCAGUCGACGAAUACAAGGACCAGGAAGCGAUGGACGAAGAGGAGAAGGAGAGCGAGGAUGAUGGGGAUGCGUGA